AGCAAAAGAAGGAAAGGCCCAGGAGGCGUAGCCGUCCAGGGUAUUUACUUGUUGGUGGCGUUGUGCCCCUGCCAGGCAGUGGCAAAAACCAGAUCUAGGGUUCUUACCCAGAGGCGGCGACGGCGGGCAACUACUCGUGCAAGGCGGAGGCGGAGAUGGAGGCGGCGGAGGUGGAGAUGGAGGCGGCGGAGGUGGAGAUGGAGAUGGAGGUGGAGGCGGAGAGGAAGAGCGACGGCGACGGGGAAUACGAAGCUAGGAAGAAGACUCCGAUGCGGUGGUUGCGGGGGAAUGUAGAGCAUUCUGAUGCGGAGGUUGCGGAGCGGCAGAAGAGGAUGAAGCAAACCCAUGGUCAUCUGGAUGACAAGGAGGGGGAGGAGGCACGGAAAGGAGACAUUAAGAGAGAAGGGCAAUCGGAGAGCGCAAAGUCCAGGUCAGAAUCCAAUGACCAGAAAAACAAACUGAUGUAUGAGAGGUACUUGGAGUGGAAGAGGAGGAACGAGGAGAAGGAGGAGGAAGAGCGUAGGCGGUACCCCGAUAAGGUAAAUGACCCUGAAGCCUAUCAAGCUAUGUUGUUCAGGCAGAGCUGGGACAACUGCUAUUUGAAGAAGUACGGUAGCUUCGAUAAGAAGACUAAUAUCCCUUGCAAGCGAUUUACACAUAAUCUUCCGCCACGCGGUGGCACUGCUAAGCAAACUGUACAAGUAUUUUAUGUCAAAGUUGGAGGAAUAACUGGAGGUCUACAGUGGCCGCUUGAGGUGUUUGGUUUGGUUGCCCUACGUGACUCAUUAGAUUAUAAUCGUAAUAUUAUCUUUGAGCGCGAAAGGGAUAAAUGUCAGAUACUCACCGAUCAGAAUCCGUAUUUAGAACUGACAGGCCCUGUGCGUGCUGUCCUCCUAUCUGGUCGUGUGAUAUUUGAGGCUUCAUUGUAUGUGAAAGGUGCUACUAGAUCUGAUGACAAAGAAUUGAGCCUUCUAGCUAUUACUUCAUUGGGGGUAUUCAAUGAUGCUCACUCAUACUUGAUUGAGCACUCUUACACUAGCAGACUUAGCACACUUGAACUGAUGCUUGGUUAUCUUACUUAUUCUGUGGAAGCUACAAUCGAAGUGCGAGUCAUUUGCGGGACAUGGCCAGCUGAUGGUUUUCGUUUCAUCUUUGAGGCCAAUGCCGGUAUAGGACAAUGGAUUGUGUUGCUUGAGACUGCAGAGACUGCAGAUGUUGGUGAUAAGAUCAGCCUUGCACGGCAGGUUGUUUCUGUUGACUAUCAUAGAGAUAGAGAGCUGAAGGUUGUGGCCACCAUUACGAAUGGUUCUGCUACCUAUACAGAUGAAAAGGGCUUCAAACCUCUGAAAAUGGGUGCAAGCUCCAAGGAACUUAGUAUCGGUGGCUUAGGGUUGCAAGUCACUGUUUAUUGGUCCUGCUUCCCAUUUGCACCGGUUUAGUUAGUUUAAAUAUUUUUUAUUUAUUCCCAUUUGCUCCAGAUGAAAUGUUUUUUCUGCUGUUUGUUUUCUUCUCUUAAAUAGUUUCUAUUUAUUUAUUUAUGUUAGGGAUUUUCUUGAGAUCUUUAUUUCGGUAUGUAUCUAUAUGUAAAGAAGCAACAAGCAGCUUGUUUCUC